ACUUGGUGUUUUAGGGCCCGCUGAUAUUGCAGGGUUAGACCUGUCUGUUAAUAGGGCACUACUUGCCACAUAUUUUUCCAAAUUUACCUUUAACUAGAAAAAAUAUCUGCAUGCACUAACUUAACUUGCAGCAAAAGACACAGUUCAGUCCAACACAGCCGCUGCUUUGAUACAGAAGUGACGGGGAAUUACAGAAAUGUCUUCUGUCCUGCAGGAAAUCUGUUCAAGUGUGAAGAACAUAAAGCAGCUGGAGUAUGGAGCUCUGGUCAGACGAGCAAGCCAGCUCAGGGAAGAGCUCAGGCAGAAAGUGAGAAAGCCAUACAAAGAACUGAUAGAUGUCUCAUCGGGCGACCCACACAGGGCAGGUGUGAAGCCUCUGUCAUUUGUCAGACAGGUUCUUGCAGCUUGUCUUUACCCUCAGCUUAUAAACAGCAACAAACUGCCAGUGGACGUCAGACAGAGAGCUCAGUGGCUGCUUAAGGGAUGUGAUGGAGGGAGUGUAGGUGCUUAUAGUUCUGCAGCGGGCAUACCAGACAUAGUCUGCAGAGUCUCUGAAUUCAUAGCAAGACGAGAUGGUGGGGUCCCAUCUCACCCUGAAAACAUAUACAUCAGCGCCGGCUCACAGUGGGCACUCAUGAACAUCCUCAAUGUCUUGGUAAACCGUGAGGCGUCACCCAAAACAGGUGUGCUGAUCCCAGCGCCAUGCUACUCAGUUACUUCUGAGUCCAUAAUGGAGUGGGGAGGAGUCACUGUCCCCUACUACCUCAGUGAGGAGCAGGGCUGGGAGCUGCAGGUGGAGGAGCUGCAUCGAGUGCUGGAAUCUGCAAAGGGGGUCUGCAACCCUGUAGCUCUGUAUGUUGCCAACCCUGGGAAUCCAACAGGUCUGGUUCAAAGCAAGGAGUUGAUGCAAGGGGUGAUCCGAUUUGCUUCAGAGAAGAGGCUCUUCCUUCUGGCUGAUGAGGUCUAUCAGGACUUUGUUUAUGGGGAGAAAAGCAAGUUUUUCUCCUACAAGAGGGUUCUGGCUGAGAUGGGUCCUCCUCUGUCAGACACAGUGGAGCUCGCAUCCUUCGCCUCAGUAUCCAAAAGCUUGAGUGGAGAGUGUGGUCUGCGUGGUGGAUACGUGGAGCUGGUAAAUCUGGACCCCGCCGUUCUGAAAUGCAUCAACAACCUGUUCUCGAUAGACAGCUGUGCACCCAUGUUGGGUCAGUUUGCCCUGGAUCUGAUGACGAACCCUCCACAACCAGGAGAUCCCUCAUACCCACUUUAUUGUGUGGAGACUCAGAACAUCAGGAGGAUGAUAGCUCAUAAUGUGAAGAGAGUCUUUGAGGUGCUGAACAGUCUGCCGGGUUUCUGCUGCCAGCCCGUGGAAGGAGGAGCAUUUGCGUUUCCCAGAGUGCAUCUUCCACCUAAAGCCAUUCAGAAAGCCAAGGAAAUGGGAAUGCCACCUGAUCUGUUCUACAGUUUCAGACUACUGGAGGAGGCUGGGGUGUUUGUCAGACCUGGUUGUGCGUACUCACAAAAGGAGGGCACCCAUCACAUCAGUAUUUGCAUUUUGGCUGCUGAGGACACCAUGGAAGAAUUAUUAAGACGCCUGACCAGCUUUCACCCACAAUUUAUGAAGGAUUUCUCUUAAACAGAAGGCAAUCACUUUCAUCCAUCUGCACAUCAAUAAUUCAUUCAAACAAAAAAAGGAUCAAUCAUUUCCUCGUGAAUAUUUAUUGCAAUAAGAGUGACAUUUACUGCGUGCAGUCUGUUUUAAUGACAACUGGCAAAUGAUUCUCUUCUGGAUAAAAUUCAACUUCUGCUUUUGAGAAAGCAAGUAACCAUAAAUAAUAAGCCACAGUCCAAAAUCCAAACCAAUGGAUUUCCUUGAGCCACAUGGCAGUCCAUCAUUCACCACAACAAUAACAAUGGCGGAUCAGUCCACUGUGGAUUUCUGCUCUUUGAGAACCCUGAUUAGUUCAGCACAUUAAGUACUAAAAGAUACACAAAUGAGAUACCAUCAUCUUCUUCGGUUCCUCUGUACCAGCCAGCAGAUCCAACACACACACACACACACACACACACACACACACACACACACACACACACACACACGC